AUGUCGGCUACCACCCCCAACGCCGCGUCAUCGUCUAAGCGGCCAGCGUCUGCGUCGGCACAUACUCCGGCCGCCAAGCGUGCACGUUCAAUGCCCGACGAUGACCACGAGGAAGACGAAGAGCUCAACGAGGUUGACCCCUCUGAGCAGAACAUUUCCGAGGAAGAGGUAGCAAAGAAGGCGCGCCGCGAGGCCAGGACCAUCAGGAAUCGCGAGUCGGCUCAGCGCAGCCGCAAUCAGCGCAAGGCACACCUUGCGUGGCUCGAGACCCGUGUGGUCGAGCUUGAGGCUGAGAACCGCGCCCUCCGCACCGGCAGCGCACCUUCCAGCCCCAGCAAGACGCGCGAGUCGUCGCCUGCCCACAGCGUCCUAUCGCUCGCCAGCGACCUCGGUAUUCCCUCCGAGAUUGUCACUGCUGGCUGCGGCGUCUCGCUUGCCACCGUCCUCCCCCCACCUGCCGACGCCCUCACGGACAUGAAGCCGAACAUGGAGGCCCUCGCCCCCGCCACCCCCACCCCCGCACCUCCCCAGGACCUCAUGCAGUCGCCCAUGGCCAUGGCGCCCAGCAACCCAGCCGAGCUCUACGCCCAAAACGAGCAUCUCCGCUGGCGCGUCAACAUGCUCGAGAACAUUGUCCGCCAGGCGGCCAACAUCUUCUCGUCGUGCCCCACUGGCAACGCCAACCCAGCGUCGUUCCUUCCCGCGUUAAUCCUCCCUCAGCCCCAGUCCCACCCCGGCAUGGAGGCAACGCUCUCGCCGCCUCUCUACCCCUCAGAGCCUCACCAGGUCGCAUCACCCCUUCACCUCCAGUCCCAGCUCGACGCUCCCCACCCCAACCACAACCAGGCAGUUGCUUCUGGCGACGCCGGCCACAGCGGUGGCGAUCGUGUCUGCUGUCUCUUCACAGAGGCGCAGCACGGCCCUGCAGCGGGCGAGGGACUCUUUGACAAUCAGCUUGGACUCGCCGGCCACCCAGCGGCGGCUGUCGGUCGUGGCGCGGGUGAUCGUGGAGCUGGCUCGGCUUCGGGGCUGGACCUCGGCCUCCCCACCUCGUCACUCUUCGACGGCAACAACGUCGUCUCGGCUCAAGUUGGCGGCACGGCGCAGGGCGCAUGGUUCGAGAUCACUGAGGCGGCUGCAUUCGACGACUCGGAAAUGAGGGGUCUCGACGACCUCCUCGCCGAGCUCGAGGCCAAGCAGCCCGAGCAGGCCGGCGCCAACGCCACCUCGGUUCUCACCGAGUCGGCUCCGGGUGUCAACGAGUGGGCGUGGGCGACCAAGGCGGUGGUCGACCUCCAGUGA